UCGCGACCUGGAGGUGAGGCAGGCCCAGCUGAGAGUGCGGAGAGCCGCGCUGGAAUCAUCCCGGGCUGACGCUCACAAGUCCGGGGUAAGUAUACAGCGUGCUGCUAACAGUCCCACCACGUCUACUCCGUGUGUUUCUCUGCACAGGCCCGGUGCACCCAGGACGCGAUCUUCCCAGAUGUCCUUCACUGCGACGCCGGGACACCACGGACCCUGGGUGCAUCCACAGCGGAGGACGCGAGCCGGGUCCCGGGCGACGACUUCUCCCCCUCCUGCCUUCGACAUCUCCAUCCGGAACCGCUUCGCUCCCCUCCGCGAGACAGGAUGCAACGCUGUGAUCAUCGGAGACUCCAUCGUCCGACACGUAAGUGCUACGUUAGCCGAAGGUAAAGUGCACACUCAUUGUUUGCCUGGUGCUCGUGUUCUCGAUGUUUCUGCGCAGAUACCCGCGAUCCUGAAGGCCGACGAGAGCCCCAGAGCGGUCGUGCUUCACGCCGGGGUUAACGACACCACGCUGCGGCAGACGGAGACGCUGAAGAGGGACUUCAGCAGCCUGAUCGAGACGGUUCGCAGCACGACGCCUGCGGCGACGAUCGUCGUGUCAGGACCACUGCCCACGUAUCGACGAGGACACGAAAGGUUCAGUAGACUUUUUGCUUUAAAUGAAUGGUUGUUGUCAUGGUGUAAAGAACAGAAACUGUUAUUUGUUAAUAACUGGAAUCUUUUCUGGAAGCGUCCUAGGCUGUUUCGCGCUGAUGGAUUACACCCCAGCAGAAUCGGAGCGGAGCUGCUCUCUGACAACAUCUCCAGGACACUUCGCUCCAUGUGACUAGAUUUACACAAGCUCCAGUCUGGAUCCAGAACACCUGAGAAGAGAUGAUGCUGACCCUCAGAGGACCUCAGAUGAUGCUAACCCUGAAUCAACAAACAGAACUAACAAUUAUUGCUACAUGUGUGA